AUUAUACUAAAUCUAAUGUGUUUUUAGAAAGAGGAGUGUUUGAAGAAGCGUUUCUUUGUUUUCCUACAAAGACAUCUAAACUCUAGAAUACAUUUCAUCCGUAUCUAUGGAACUCUAUAGAUCAGAGGUGGGCAAACUUUGACGUUUGCAUGCAGAGGACCAGGAAAAGGUCUACCUUGUAAAAUCCUAUAUUUAUAUUUUACAACUUACAAGUCAGGACUAGAGAAAGACUAAUGGAAAUUUAAUAUAGACUUAGUCUUACUAUUACUCACUCUUUUGAUAAUCAUCACUACCUGGAGAGCUUAUCCUUGGGUUUUUUAUCAUUUUAACAAUUUUUACAAAUUUUGGGUGAUGUCUAUUUACUGGUCUAAUCAUCUUAUUCAUUGUUUCAAUCUUUCCGUUAGUAACUUUUUCCCGAGCAGAUUUCUCCAAGUUAAUAAUUUUCAAGUUAUUUUUAUAAAAGUUUUUCCGUAUUUCUUAUCCCUUUGAAUCUUACAUGAGAGAAUAGUUUCUUGUCUUAAAAAGUAUGUAGAUAAUAACUUCUAUAAAGUAAUAAUAAAGUUUUUGCGAAAAACAUUAAACCUUUCUUCAAAUGAUGGAAUAAUCCGAAUUCAAAACUUGUGUGUUUUAUGUCGCUGUAUUGCGCAGUUUAUGUACACAAGCUUCCUUGAAAUACUUUGAGUAGAAUAAAAACAAUUUGCAAUGGCUUUAGAAUGGAUAACCAGAAAAAUUGUUUAUUUAAAUGAAAUAAAUAAUGAAGAAGUGUUGAAAGAAGAACUUCAAAGCAUUGAGAUUAAAUUAAAAAGCUUGACUUCAGUAGAGUUGAGAAAUGUUGCAUCAAAUUUAGAUUUCUCCCGGCUUUACUGCCAACUAACCUCAAACCAUGACAGGGAUAAUAUUGAACAUCUUUGUAAUAUAUGUUCCGUUUUAUUUUCGACGUUAGAACCUUCGGAAAUUUAUCAAACUCACUCUUUAGAAUUGAUGAAAAACCUUUAUCAUCCUGAUUCAUCAGUAAAGAAAUUGAUUCUUAAUGAGUUCAAUAAAGUUGCUGAAUUCGGGAUACCUGAAUUAUUGAAUGAUAUUGACUUAUUGAAUGCCAUAAUCGAACAAGUAAAUAAUGAAGAUCUUGGAGUAGCAAAUCUUGCAGCUAAUGUUAUUAAAAAAAUAGGAAAGUAUGCGAAUGGAGCUAAAGUUCUUUAUAGUGGAAAACUAUUGAGAACUAUUGCUAAAAUAUUAUCAAGAAACGAUGCAGUAAGCUUCAGAAUCUAUGAAGCUAUUGUUGACAUUGCGAAAUCAUCAAAAGAGUCCUUUGACAUUUCUGUAGAUUCUGGAUUACUUAAUAGUCUUAUAAAUAUUUUAGAAAAUGAAGAUAUUUUACUACAAUUAAAUGCUCUAGAAGCUAUAACAGAUCUAGCAGCAUGUGAUGAAGGUUUGAAUUAUCUCGAACAAAGAGAAAUUCUAAGUGAAUUCAACAAAAAAGUAUCUCGUGUUCAUGAAAAUCCUUUGUCUACACUCUUAAUUCCGGGAUUGAUGAAAUUCUUUGGAAUUGUUGCAAAGAGUCGACCAAAUGAAAUCUUUGCAAAAUAUCCUGAUGUUGUUGCUGCUUUAUUUGACGUUAUUGAUACCUCUGAAGAUAUGGUAAUUCUUAUGAAUGCUCUGGAUACUCUUGGAUAUGUAGCAUCGUCAAUUGAUGGAAAAUAUGCUUUGGAUAACUUGGGACAACCAAUGCGCCGUGCAUUAAGUAAAAUAAGUGAAAUCAUUCGUAAAAUGCCCACUGAAGUAAGACUUCGAGGACUUGAAAAUUUAGCUCUUAUCCUUCAUGUUGAUCGAGAUAAACAAAAUAAUCGAGUUUUAACAUUAACAAAAUCUUGGUUUGAUUCUCUAGAAAAUAACCCGAUGGAUAUGAUUGUCCAAUUAUGUAAACAACCAUUUCCCGACAUAAAACAGUCUAGUUUGAAAAUUUUGCUAGAAAUAGCAAUGCAACCUUGGGGCCAACAUUAUAUCGCUAUCUAUCCUGGUUUGAUAGAAUUUUUGUUGAACAGAGAUGCAGAAGCAUUCAAGGAAUGUAAAGAACUGAAAUAUGAAAUUUUAAAAUCUUUGGCCAGCUCUGAUAGUUUUGAUAGUUCUAUAUUAUUACGAUUGAAUAAAUAUGUACAAGAGGGACCAUUCCAUGUAGAUGCAGAUGUAGAAGUAGCAACAGAAGGAGGUGCUAGUACUUGAAAAAAAUGUAACAGAGUGAAUAUUAUAUUUUACAUUAAUUAUAAUCGAAUUUUUUCAUAAGUUAAGAUUGAACAUUAUGAAUACUAAAUAUUUCAAUGAGGAUUGAAUAAAAUUUUUACUUCAAUA